UAGCUGCAUCAUAAGAAGCUGAAGAAAUCCAGAGUUCGAUUUCAAUUGUAUUCCGACGAGGACGAAGACCGGUGCUGAAUCGGAAAAUGGGGUUGCAGUGGAUGAUACUCACGUACGUGGUGGCGGCGGAGGCGGCCAUGGCCCUUCUGUUAACUCUCCCGGCGCCGAAGCUGGUGAAGACUCGCUUUGUCUCUUUGAUCUCCCUCAUUCUCCAGCCGGCGCUCUUCGUCGUCCCCUUCGCCGGAUUCCAACUCCUCGAUAUUUACUGGAAGAUGGAGCAUCGAUUGACGUGCACCUCAGACGUCUGCACUGCUUCCGAGCGAGACCGCUCUGAGAAAUCCCUCUACAAGGCUCAAAGGAAUGUAAUUCUUUGCUCUGCAGCAUGCCUUCUUUACUGGUGCAUCUAUCGCAUCUGCAAGUACUACAAGGAUAUUGAAAGCUUGGAGGAAGUGGAGAAGAGGUUCAAGGAAGAGUAGUUGUUCAGCUUGUUCUCAUGUAUGGUUGUUCUUUUCAAGCGGAAACAACUGAUUUUAUAUUUAUUGUCGUAAAAGGGAAACCAACAUUACCUUUAGAAAUACUGUAAUGUUUUGAAUUUGUUUUGUAACCAUCUGUAGACAUUUAUCUAGUAUGUGUUUUAGCAUGUUUUCCUUGU